AUGAAAGUGAUUUAAUUUAAUUUAAUUUGAUAUGUAUCACAGUAACUGCUUGUAUAAUAUGAACAAGAUUUUAAUUUUGAAGUUUCAGAAUGCGAAGAAGAAUUUGACAAGACGUCAUUAAAUGUCAUUUUUUGAAAAAUACUUUUCUGUAAAAGUAAAAAUUGUGGAUCUUGAAUAUAGUUGAAUGAUAGUUUUUAAAAAGAUUAUAUAAAAAUAAGAAAUAUAGGAUCAAUCAUGACUGAAGAGCAGGCAACUAUGGAAGGAAAGCCAAAGUUACCAGUCAGACAUGACUGGUAUCAGACUGAUGCUGCAGUAGUAAUCACUGUUUUAGUGAGGAAUAUCAAAGAGGAACAUUUAAAAUUAGAUAUUGCUACCAACAAAGUCACAAUAGAUAUAUCCCAUCCAGAUUUUGAACCAUGUAAUUUGUGUCUGAACCUAUCUAAUUCUAUAAUAGCUGAUCAGAGUAGUUAUAAACUUUCAUCAGCAAAGAUAGAAAUCAAGUUAAAGAAAUGUGAAGGUCUGAGGUGGGAAAAAUUAGAAGGUGCUCCUAAAGUUGAGGCUAUAAAAGUUAUUCCAAAAGAAGCAGAACCAACCACUGAUGGUCCACCAUCUUACCCCACCUCCAAGAAAGGAAAAGACUGGAACAAAGUUGAAAAAGAGAUUAAGGAACAAGAAGCACAAGAGAAACCAGAAGGUGCCGAAGCUAUUAAUGCACUAUUUCAAGAGAUCUACGGCAAGGGUAGCGAUGAAGUCAAAAGGGCGAUGAACAAGAGUUUUAUGGAGAGUAGCGGCACUGUUUUAAGUACAAAUUGGAAUGAGAUUAGUAAACAAAAAGUUGAAGCCAAGCCCCCAGAUGGAAUGGAAUUUAAAAAGUUUUAAAUCAAACUCGUUCGUUUUUUAAAUCCAUGGAAUAAUUAAAUUUUAGUUAUACAAUUCUGUUUAUUACUAAUUAAAACAAUCAGUUUGAUAUUUCUUCCGCAAUAUUUGUAAUACAGUGUUUAAAAUAAAUAGUUUAGAGUAA